AUGUUUUCGAGAUCCAAGAACCAGCCUUCCGACCUGGAGGCAGCCCAUCAAGAAUCAGAUAUCCAGACUAGUGUCUUCUUUGUAACGAAUGUGCACUGCGCAUCAUGCGUUGCAUAUAUCACAGAGGUGCUCUCCGAGACCCCUACUGUCGGAAACAUCGAAGUCACGAUCCUGACACAUGAAGUGCGUGCGAGCCACAGCACUACCGUUCGGCCGGUGGACCUCGUCAACGCGCUGAUUCAUGCCGCAUUCGAAGUACAAUAUGUAACGACAUUUGACCAACAAGGAAAGCUCAUCUUGGAACUUGAUACCUCUUCCUGGAACUAUCGUGGCUCCACACUGUUCUCCUCGCCGCGAACAUCUGUCACUAGUAUCUCGUCCAACAUCAAAGAGCGAAUCCAGACUAGCACCCACAAGCGACACAUUGCCAACUGUGAUGCAUGCAGGAAGGAAGAACUCGAGACCAUUUCUCGUCAUUCUUCUUCUCGGACGGAACUAGGAUCUUUGGUCGAGAAGUCCUCACAGUCUCCCUUCUGGCCAUCGAGCAAGCACCACGAACAAGCCAGCACUGCUACGAAGCUCGGAUCAACACCGGAGAAUGCUGUGCAGGAGAGUCUUCGUUCAUUUGCCACCUCCGAAACAAAAGUUCAACCCGACUUGUCCACCCCAGAGUUCCCCCCGGGUAUAGCAGAACUUCCCAGUCCGUCUGCUGAAUCGGCUGAUGAAUUCACGGCUCAGCUUAGUGUUGGGGGAAUGAGCUGCGCAUCAUGUGUCAAUAGCAUUACCGCACAAGUCCAACAGCUUGAGUUUGUGAAGGAAAUCACUGUCAACCUUCUCACCAACAGCGCAACCGUAAUUUAUGUUGGACCUCGCGAUCAUGUUGACGAUAUUGUUGAGCAAAUUAAUGAUGCUGGAUUUGAAGCAUCCUUGGACGAGGUGACCCAGGUUCCCAAACCACCGGUCUUUACAGAGCUGGCAGCAAACUAUGUCAGCGAGAUUGCAAUCACUGGGAUGACAUGUGGCUCCUGUGUCGGCGGGGUGACUCGAGGACUUGAAGAACUUUCUUUUGUUCGCGAUGUGUCUGUGAACCUGCUUUCCCAUAGCGGGAGGGUGGAAUUUGAAAGCCGAGAAAAUCUUCAUAAAAUCAUAGAGAAGAUUGAAGAUCUUGGAUACGAUGCCACCGUCAAUAGUGUCUCUCCAUUGAAAGGUGGCGGCGAAAAGUUCGGCACUGCCCAAACUAGAACAAUCUCUAUACAAUUGGAUGGAAUGUUCUGUCAUCAUUGCCCACAAACUGUUUUGGGGGCAGUGAAAUCAGUCCCCGGUGUCACCAUCGAGGAGGCACUCUCCGAGAAAACCCCUAUCCUCAAAGUCAUCUACACUCCACAGCCACCUUUGCUCACCGUUCGCACAAUAAUCUCAGCGAUCAACUCGGCAAAUGACAAUUUUGAUGCGACUGUAUAUCACCCACCCAGCAUUGAAGACCGGUCUCGUGCGAUCCAGCAUCAUGAACGGACCCGUCUGUUGAUACGAUUGCUUUUCGUCUUUAUCACUGCCAUCCCGACUUUCUUUAUAGGCAUUGUCUUCAUGUCUCUUGUCUCGUCUGAAAACUCCGUGCGAAUGUAUCUGGAGCAAACUAUGUGGUCUGGCAGUGUAACUCGCAUCGAAUGGGCGCUAUUCAUAAUGACAACUCCUGUUAUGUUCUACGGCACUGAUGUGUUCCAUAUCCGGGCUAUGAAGGAGAUUUAUGCGCUAUGGCGGCCUGGAAGUCGGGUGCCGAUCCUUCGGAGAUUCUAUCGUUUUGGCAGUAUGAACCUUUUAAUCUCUGCAGGCACAUCAGUGGCCUACAUCUCGUCCCUGGCAGUACUUAUCGUCGAUGCAGUUGUGGGUACCAAGUCAAGCCCCCAUAGCACGACUUAUUUCGACUCGGUUGUCUUCUUGACUCUGUUCAUUCUUGUUGGUCGGUACCUGGAGGCCUACAGCAAAGCCAGAACUGGUGAUGCUGUCACGUCUUUGGGCAAACUUCGACCUUCAGAAGCACUAUUGUCUGAUGAUACUUCCGAAGAUGGAGUGAAGCGUACGAGUGUUGACCUCCUGGAGAUUGGUGACAUCGUCAGUAUCCCGCACGGCGCCUCGCCUCCUGCAGAUGGAGUUAUCGUCGACAACGCGUCAUACCAAUUCGAUGAAAGCUCUUUGACAGGAGAAUCGCGACCAGUCAAGAAAACAGCGGACGACAUAGUAUACACAGGCUCUGUUAAUGUCGGCCAGCCGGUCCGGAUCCGUAUCACUGAGCUCGGCGGUUCAUCCAUGCUUGACCGAAUCAUCGCCGUAGUUCGUGAGGGACAAAGCAAGCGUGCACCUCUUGAAAGAGUUGCUGACCUUCUCACUUCGCAUUUCGUCCCUAUCAUCACCCUCAUCGCCAUUUUGACCUUCAUUAUCUGGUUGGCGCUUGGUCAUUCCGGCGUACUCCCCGCAGAUUAUCUCGAUGUCGCACAUGGUGGCUGGACAUUCUGGGCGCUGGAAUUUGCAAUUUCAGUGUUUGUGGUGGCUUGUCCCUGUGGUCUGGCCCUUGCAGCCCCUACGGCGCUUUUCGUUGGGGGCGGCCUGGCAGCCAAGCAUGGUAUCUUGGUCAAAGGUGGUGGUGAGGCCUUCCAAGAAGCCAGUCGCUUGAAUGCAAUCGUCUUUGACAAGACAGGCACAUUGACCGAGGGUGGAAGUCUGAAAGUUUCUGAUUAUGAAGUUUUGAUCCGUGACCCAGAAGUUGCAAAAGUCGCAUGGGCUCUGGCUCGGAAAAUGGAAGAGAGCAGCAACCAUCCGAUUGCCCAGGCAAUAACUGAAUUCUGCAAAACACAAGAAUAUUCCUCUGUCAUGUUGUCAGACGUUCAUGAGAUUUCCGGGCAUGGCAUGAAAGGAACUUUUACUGUGUCUGUCUCCGACUCCGAAGAGCAGUAUGAAGCUGCAAUUGGCAACGAACGUCUUCUCAAGAGCCUCGUGUCCCCCGAAACAGACACAUACUUCAUUUCCAACUUGCUGGCGAAAUACCAGUCAGCAGGAAAGUCGACUGCGGUCCUUUCACUCCGUCAAGUACACACCCCGCCCACCGAACCAUCCAACUUCGUACCCGCCAUUAUCUUCGCCACCUCAGACACGAUUCGCCCGGAAGCCAUGGGUAUAAUCUCCCAGCUUCAGAAGCGCAACGUUGAUGUCUUCAUGUGCACUGGCGAUAACCAGACCACCGCCCAUGCCGUCGCAGACAUGAUUGGCAUCCCACGCUCCAAGGUGAUGGCCAACGUCCUGCCAGCGGAGAAAGCCAGCUUUGUUCGUCAGAUUCAAGAACGUUCGCUGAAUACAGCACCGGCCGAUGGUAAUGCCGCGCCGAGCUCAAACUCAUCACGUCCCAUUGUCGCCUUCGUUGGCGAUGGAGUGAAUGACUCGCCUGCUUUGGCAGCAGCAGACGUGAGCAUUGCCAUGGCAUCUGGCUCCGACGUCGCUAUCAACUCUGCCAGCUUUGUCCUCCUCAAUUCAGAUCUCAGAACGAUUUUGCAGCUGGUCCUGCUCAGUCGCCGCGUGUUCAAUCGCGUACGUAUGAACUUCGGCUGGGCAGUUAUCUACAAUCUCUGUCUGGUUCCGGUUGCCGCUGGCGUCCUCUAUCCUAUCGUUAGUGGCCACCAUGAGAAAAUGAUUGAUGGUCACAUGGUCAUGGCCAAGGAACAUUGGAGACUGAGUCCGGUCUGGGCUGCUUUGGCCAUGGCAUUGAGCAGUAUUUCUGUUGUGCUGAGUAGUUUGGCUUUGAGAAUUGAUAAAGAGAGUAUCAUGAAGAUCGUGAGAAGGAAAAAGUAG